AUGUAUUUGACAAAGAACCUCUUUCUGUUGAUCUUCGCCACGCUCUUCGCCUCCAGCGUGUACGCCGCGGGGGAGUCGACGACUGCAGUUUUCUCUGGAACCAUCACAACGGCAACCAGUACCUUUCCAGCGUCAAGUGGUACUAUCGCAACAGCAACACCAACAGACAAAAAAGUUCUCUUCUCUCUCCCAUCGCCGCUGCCCAAGAAAAAAGAUCUCCCUCAGCCGCCAAACGUGCCGAUCACAGGGAAAAAGGAUAUCGAGUACAGGUUCUUGGCCCUGAUUGCGCUCCCUGCAGUCAUCGGCCUCCUCGUGCUAGCAUGGACUCGCUUCCGACUGCCAACCUUUAGUCGUUGCCCAUGCUGGCAGUGCAGAUUGGCCAUUCCGCAUUUCUGCUGGGCGCCAGAAGGUGUGAAAGCCACACAGUGA